AUGGCAACCAUCAUUCCGGUCAGCAAUGAGACGCGAAGUGGUGCAUCCAGGAUGACGAGGGAGGGGAGGAAGAUCAGGUAUGAGAUGAAUGUCAUCCAGCAGCCAGAGCGAGCCCGGGCUUGUGGAUCUGGGGCCAAAUCCUCUGCCGAUCGCCGGCCUGUCGACCCGCCACCAAUCGUUGAGCUCAAAGUUUUCGAGGACGACGUCGAAUGCACCUUCUCCUACAAUGCGAACUUCUUCCUCUUCGCGACUCUCGAGAACGCGCGCACGAUGGCUCAAGGCCGCGUCCCUCAGGCUUCCGCAAGCUUCCCCGUCUUGACCGGUACUCCUGUAGCCGGCAUGGCAUACCUAGAUCGUCCGAAUCCUGCUGGCUACUUCAUCUUUCCAGAUCUAUCAGUCCGCCACGAAGGGAAGUAUCGGCUGAGCUUCGCCUUGUACGAAGAGCUGAAAGAGGCAAAGGACAUGGACCCGGAAGACCACAUGGCUGAUGUCGCUGUCCGGCCGGACAACAUCAACGCCCACGUCUCGCACCGCUUGGAGGUCAAAUCGGCUCCGUUCACUGUCUUCAGCGCGAAGAAGUUCCCUGGCCUGACGGAGAGCACCGCUCUCAGCCGGAUGGUAGCUGAGCAGGGCUGCCGUGUUCGCAUCCGGCGUGAUGUGCGCAUGAGGAGGCGCGACAACAAAUCUUCCAAAGACUGGGAUGACUACGAGGAUGAGACGGCGUAUGAGCGUGCGAGAAGAACUGCCACUCCAGAUGCGUAUGGACAAUCGGCGAUGCCCACGCCUCAGCCGCCAAUGGGUGGAUCAGACCGCCCGAGAUCUGUCAGCAACGCCAGCAAUGGCUCGUAUGCCGUUCCGGAACGCCGCACGUCACUGCAGGAUAUGGCACAGAGCUACCAGCAGGCCUUCGUGCAGCAGAUGGGUCCUCCAGCACCGCAGAACGCGUAUCCGCAGAUGCCAUACGGUCCGCCGCAGCCACAACAGUACCAGAGCCAGUACCCUCCGCAACAGCCGAUGAUGCAGCCGCCGCAAGCUCCGUACCAGCAGCCGCAGCACAGCUACCAGCAUCCGUCCAUGCAGAUGCCUCAGGCGUACGGCUACUUGCCGACCCAACAGUACGCCCAGCCUCAGUACGAACAUUCGCCGCACCACAUGCGUCACGAUACUGUCGACUUUGGACAGGCGAUUCCUGGGGAUUACCGCCGAGCUCCGAUGAACCAGCCGCAGCCUCAGCAGUACCAGACCCCGACCAGCAUGAUGAAUCCGGCCCCGUUUGGAUCUUCGGACAAUCUUUACAGCCGGGCUCCCCAGAUGAGCAUUCCUUCGCAGCCAAUUCAGGCUCCGCAGCCUACCCUCAACACACCGGCGGCACCUCUGCCCUCGGCACCUGCAGUAAAUGGCCAUUCGCUUGCGCCCCUGAAGACGCUUCAGCCGCCGACAGAAAAGCUCGAGCCGGUCUCUCCGUCAUACCAGAUGCCUGGAUCUCUGGGGGAGAACUACCAUGAAGGUCCUCGCGCGGCUCCACCGAAGUUUGCUACGCAACCUUCAGCAUCAGGUGCUACGAAGCGGACAUAUUCCUCGACCUUCGACACGCAACACAUCGAGCAGCCGAUGCGCCAGGGAGCUCGGCCUGAUUUGACUCGUACGGCCGAAGACUUCGCCAAUGGAGGCUUCGAAGAGGGUGACGACAUCGAGACCCCGGAUGCAGGAUCCAUGAGCUACCGCCGCGCGGAUGGUACGCAUCGCAGUCGCCGGGUGGCCUUGUCGCGUUGA